AUGGAGAGAAAUGUAGAAAGAACACCAAAUGACAUUCCAGACCUGGAAGUGAUAUUAAACCAAAAUCCAACAGACACAGAUACAUUCAGUGAUAAUAUGGAUCGACUAUUCGCGGAGGAUGAGAAGAAAAGUGCUCCAAUAUUCGAAGAAUCACCUAUUUUAUCGUCAAAACUCGCUGAACCAUCUAAACUUUUCGAUGAGAAACCACCACCAGCUAAAAGUAUAACUUAUUUCACUGCCACAGCAUUCUGGAAAAAUGGAACAGAAUCUGUGAAAGUCGGAGUCGUUCUGAGUAAAUUAAGCAACGAUCAUCAGUUAUAUUUCUUAAUGUGCGACGCAUCAAAAAGGAUUCUGGAGAAACUUUGUGUUGACGACAUAGAAUUUCGAUUCUCAGAAGAUUCAUUGGCGGUGAAAUUGAACAAAAAGGAGGAGGAAUAUUCAGAAAGCCCUGUUGAAGUGAAGUUUGUCGAUCGGUUAACAUUUCUCAAUUUCGCAAUAACAGCAAUGAUUCGCAGUUCUCAACAACACUCAUUCAAGUUAACCGAAGGGUCUGGCGAUGUUCAAAUUGACAAAAACUGCGAUAUUCGUUAUAAUCUCACUAAACAUAGUGUUGAUGAAGACGGCCAAAUGAAGCUUCCCGACGAGCGAAAAGGUGUAAAAACGAGACUGAGUAAGGAGAAACUCAAGGAGCAUAUUGUGUAUAAAUGGAUUGAUGGAUGUAAAAAAGGAUGUCACUUUUUGAUUAAAGAUUCGGAAAACUCGAUUUUUGAGGUUGUUGUAGAUAAAAUACGAAGGACUUCUGACGCUGGUUACUCUUCGCAAACUGAAAACAGUGAAGCUCACGUUGAUUCUACUCCGCCUCCUCUUGAAGUGCAAAACUUGAAAAUUGCGGAGAAUCAAAAAGAAGAAAUCACAAUGAGCCACCCAGAAGAAAAUAUCAUCGCUCCGAAUCCACUCGACGAAACCAUAACACCAACACCUUCAUCUGCUCCUGCCGUCCAUCCUUCUCCGUUAUCCCUAACGUCUUCUGAACAGCAGAUUCCGUCAGAAGACGUCCGAGACGCUCUUCAUCGAAUUGUUGGCAUUGAGUUAGAUCGAAUCGAGAUGAGACUCAAUGCGAAAUUCGAGAAACUUCAGAAUGAUAUCAAUUCUCGUCUGGAUCGUCAAGGAGAGAUGUUGCAACAACUUCUAGAACAAUCGAAAUGA